UUGAUGGUUACGGCUGGUUGCGAUUAUUGCAGGUUGGCGAGUGAUGUGCCCCAUGAUGCAUUUGCUGUGAUAAUCGGUGGUGGGGUUGCAGGUACAUCGGUAGCCUAUCACUUAACAAAAAGGAAUAUCAAUCAAGUCGUUCUACUCGAAAAAGGUAAACUUGCCUCAGGAACAACUUUUCAUUCGCCAGGUCUUGUCAGUGCUAGUCAUCCAGCACAUCGAUAUAAACCUAUACUUGCCUAUUCAGUGGAUCUGUAUAAUCGCAUUGGUAAGGAGACUGGUGAGAAUGUUGAUUUUUCGCAAACAGGCACUGUGCGAUUGGCAACCAAUGAUACGAGAAUGGAAGAAUUCCGUCGUUACGUCGCACGGGACUACUUCCAGACAGGUGAUGUAUGUAAAACGUCAUUAAUCGACGCAGAUGAAGUGAAGAAGUUGGCACCAAUAAUUGACGUGUCAAAAGUACGUGGUGCAUUGUAUACGACGGGUGAUGGUUUCAUCAAUGCCCAAGCUCUGACAAGAGCUUUAGCGAAAGGAGCUGAAAAUGGAGGUGCAACUAUUGUUGAGCAAUGCCCAAAGUUUAAGAUUAUUCCUGUUGCAAAUAAUGAAUGGUUGGUGCAGUUGGAAGAUGGCCGUGAGAUACGCACGAGGAAUAUCGUCAAUGCCGCUGGCCUAUGGGCGAACGAAGUGGCCAAGUUGACGAACUAUGAUGUUCCUCUGGUUCACAUUGAGCAUCAGUACGCAUCGAUUGGACCAGUACCUGAGGUUGGUCACUUAGAGAAUCUACCGGCAAUUAUUGAUCACGAUAGUACUUUCUAUAUUCGACGAUUUGGCGAUCAUCUGAUGUUUGGUGGGUUCGAGGGGCGUGCUUCUGGUGUGACAAUUCAUGAAGAAUGGCGACACAAAGUGCCAGACGGUAAGAUUAGCAGUUUAGCACUAUAUAUUAAAUUGGAACCACACUUCGAACGUCUCGAUGAAGCGUAUAAAGGUGCGUGCGAUCUGAUUCCCUCGUUAAAAGGUGCACCAGUGGAUGCAAAAGCGUCAGCAUUUACGAUGACUGCUGAUGGGUAUCCACUGGUUGGACCAACAAGCUGGAAACAGAACUAUUGGCUUCAGUCGGCUUACUUUGACGGUAUAUCGAGUGGUGGUGGUAUUGGGAAAUAUUUGGCUGAUUGGAUUGUUGAUGGUGAGCCGCCAUCUGAGCUAUUUGAUACUGAUGCGAACAGAUUUGAUCGAUGGGUAACGCGUAAAUUCCUGAAUAAAAAGAGUCGUGAAACGUAUUCAAUGUUCUAUAAUUGGUCGUAUACAAAUCGUUCUGGUGGUCGACCGACUGAACGACUCAGUGGUGUUUACGCAAGACUUGCAAAAGAAGGUGGCAUUUUCUCAUUCAGAAAUGGAUGGGAGGUUGCAGAAACGUUCUCGGUUGAAAAUGAACCACAGUUACCAGCAAUGAUACGUGAAUAUGAAAUGGUCACGAAUAAAUGUGGUAUUAUUGAUUUAUCGUGGAAAGGAAAAAUCGAGGUGCGUGGACCAGAUGCAGAAGUGUUUUUAGAUCGUAUUUUAACAAAUGCAGUACCUCCACUAGGUGCAAUUACGUCUGGUUUGAUGCUAACACGACGUGGAAACAUACUUGCACCACUUAAAGUUUUCCAUCAUGAUCAAUUUAGGACAAAUUUCAUUCUCUUAACCGAUCCAGAGAGAGAAUCGCGUGAUCUCUACUGGAUCCAAAGAGCAGCCGAUGAAAUGAAAAUGAAGGUUGAAAUUUCUGCAGUUGGCGAAUAUCUUGCUUCACUCGCUCUUGUUGGUCCUUAUAGUCGUCAUGUAUUGCAAGAACUAACGAAAAGUGAUGUAUCUGAUGCCGGAUUCCCACAACGAACCACUAAACUUUUACGAUUGAACAAUGUGCCCGCUAUUGCAGCCCGAACAUCCACUUCUACUGGUCAACUUUCGUUUGAGUUCUUCCAUAAUAGAGCUGAUACGUUGAAAUUGUAUGAUACGAUGAUGAAAGAAGGCAAGAAUUAUGGAAUCGUUAAUUUUGGUCAAGCCACUUUGAACAUGAUGCGUUUAGAACAUGGCUUCAAACUAUGGGGCAGAGAAUUAACUUUGGACACGAAUCCAUACGAAUGUGGUUUGGGUCAUUUGGUGGAUUUGAGCAAGAAGGAUUUCAUCGGAAAGGCUUCCGUACUUGAGCUAUCACACAAACAGUGGAAAAGAAAACAGGUGUUGUUACAAUGUGAUCCACUCGAAGAGGUACAUGACUGGGCCACUGUUCCGAAAGGCAUGGAAGUUGUUAGGAAGCAUGGAGCUGAAGAGCGAAUAGGCCAAAUAACAUCCGGUACGUAUAGUGUACGCCUACACCGUCCACUUGCAUAUGCUUGGGUCAAUUCUGAUAUUUCACUCGACGAUGAAGUAGGUUAUAUGAGUGCAUCAUUGAAUUUUUUGCAGUUAACAGUCGAUAUUGGUGGUAUGCGUAUCGGUGCUAGAAUGCUCGACGGUCCGCCAGUGCCACUACCCAAAAACUAG